CCUACACUCAGCUAAAAAACACUCUCUUUUGUUUUUCUUCAACAAGAAAAAUAAAUUAGUAGGAAGUAAAUGAGCUUUUCAUGAUCCUCCUUCCAACUUUUUCAUAGAGAGGGGGAGCUAGAUAAAUAAAAAUGGUGAAAGAAAAGAGAUUUGAAUGGAACCCAUGGUUGAUUCUCCAGCAAAACCAGUCCCUAGUUAAAUUUGGUGUUUCAUUUCUUGUUGUUGGUCUUGUUUUCAGGUUUCUUUACACCAGUGAUACUACUACUACUACUACUACUACUACUACUAGUCCUUCCAUUUCAGUACCAUCUCUGGAAGAGAAUUCACCGCAUGAUGAUGCAGAAGAGAUACGAAUUCUUCAUAAAGGGAAAUGUGAUUUGUUCAUGGGGAAUUGGAUUAGAGAUCCAUUGGGUCCGUAUUAUACUAAUGAGAGUUGUCCUAUAAUUGAGUCUCCACAAAAUUGUAUGAAAAAUGGGAGGCCGGAUUCAGGUUACCUCUAUUGGAGGUGGAAACCAAGAGAUUGCGAUGUGCCGAGGUUUAAUGCCAAGAAGUUUCUGAAAUUGAUGAGGGAUAAGUCUUGGGCAUUCAUUGGUGACUCAAUUAGUCGUAACCAUGUCCAGUCAUUUCUUUGCAUCCUCUGGAAGGUGGAACCAGCAGUGGAGGUCUACCACGACUUCGAGUAUAAGUCCAGAAGAUGGCACUUUCGGUCGUAUAAUUUCACGGUUUCGUUGGUAUGGUCACCGCUUCUUCUCAAGGCUGACAUUCAUGAAGAUAGGAAUGGCGUUGCGUCUUCGGAUAUUCAUUUGCAUCUUGACAAGCUCGACGCGAAAUGGGCAGAUCAGUAUGAGACAUUUGAUUACAUUAUACUUUCAGGUGGGAAGUGGUUUCUUAAGACCAUAAUCUAUUUUGAGAAUGGCAAAGUUGUUGGGUGCCACAAUUGCAAAGGUGCGCCAGAAUAUGGAUUCGACAAUGCAUAUAGAAAAGCAUUGAAGCUUGUGUUUGAUUUCGUUAUGAAUUCAAAUCACAACAGCUUAGUGCUCUUCAGGACUGCUUCUCCGGAUCAUUUUGAGAAUGGGGAAUGGUUCAGUGGAGGGACUUGUGAUCGAACUGGUCCGUUUAAGGAAGGCCGCGUGAAGCUGAAAGAUAUCGACGCUAAGAUGCGUCUCAUUGAAUUUGAGGAAUUCAAGAAGGCUCGGGUGACUAUGACUGAAUCCAAAAAGAGAGUGAACUUGAAAAUAUUUGACAACACCCAUCUUGCUUCGCUUCGGCCUGAUGGGCAUCCUGGUCUAUACAGGGAGUUCCAUCCACAGCGUAGAAACGUGAAAGUUCAUGACUGUCUGCACUGGUGCUUGCCUGGUCCAAUUGAUUCUUGGAACGACUUGAUUAUGGAGAUGGUGCUGCGCAGUUGAGUUGCUCGUACAUUAUCAACUGGUAACCAUAUCUAUAGUAGCCGAAUGGUUUUAUGUUUGAACAUUUCUCCACGGAUGUAUUGUAUGUAUAUGUGAUAGUGUUUGCUCUAUGUAGCAAACUUCUAAUCUUUGAUUUUGCACCUUGACUCUUAGCCAGUACCAGUCAUUUAUGUUUACAUGUAGUAGCAUUCCUUAAUACUGGUUGUAAGUUGUAACUUGCAAGGCUGCAGCUGCAGGAGGACUUGCAUUGUGCUGCAUUUCCUCUGCUUCAUCUUAUUUUGGCUUUUGUGAAGCUCAGAUUAGUCUUGUGUUGUUUGCUCCUGCAAGCUUUUAACCUUAGACCCGGAUGGUUAUUUUUGGAUCUCA